CAUGCUGUACUUCACCAGGGGUUUGGAUUCUGCCCUUGGUCAUACAAAGGGCUCUUCUCUCAGGAAUCUGUUAUGAAUGUUAUACUUCUAUCAAACAACAGUCUCUUUGGAUACAUUGCGCAACAGUAGUUUGUAAAGAAGGAGUUUGUUUUGUGAUAUAUGGGUCCUUGUUUGGACUAAAGCGAUCAGGGAAACCAACGGAUAUCUCACCCACAAAAGAUUAACAUGCCUCCAAAGAAAAAGACCCUGAGGGACGUAGAUGGUCAUGAGGAGCGGAAUGCCCAGGUCCAGUUGGAGAAGGCCAAGUACAAGCCUGUGGCAUUUGCUGUGCGGUGUAACUUCUAUUACAUACCAGCAGACGACGACAACAUCCCAGUACCAGGCCAGGCUGUCACCUUCGAGGCCAGAGACUUUCUACACGUCAAAGAGAAGUUUAAUAGUGACUGGUGGCUUGGGCGUCCGGUGAAAGAGGAUGGAGUGGUGGGGUUCAUACCCAGUCCAACCAACCUGGAGACCAUCCUGAUCAGGAGAGAUGUCCAGGCCAGGAAAGCUGCCAAAGCUCUGGCCAGUAAAGCAGCAGUUUCUCAAGACACAAAUAAAAAAUACACCCCGCCUUCAACUGUUGCUCAAGCUCAAAAGAAGUCGGGGGAGCAGGUGGCAGCCUAUGACGUGGUUCCUACCAUGCGGCCUGUGGUGCUGAUGGGGCCCUCACUGAAGGGCUUAGAGGUAACAGACAUGAUGCAGAAAGCACUCUUCGACUUUUUAAAACACAGAUUUGAAGGGAGAAUUACUAUAACUCGUGUGACUGCAGACAUCGCUCUAGCGAAGCGGUCCAUACUCAACAACCCCAACAAGAAAGCCCUGAUGGACCGCUCAAACACACGCUCUAACCUAGAUACUGCUGCCCAAAUCCAGGGGGAGGUGGAGCGGAUCUUUGAGCUAGCCCGGAGCCUACAACUGGUGGUUCUGGAUGCAGACACAGUGAACCACCCCAUCCAGCUGUCUAAAACAUCUCUGGCCCCCAUCCUGGUCUACAUCAAGGUCUCCUCCCCCAAGGUGUUAUCAAGGCUGAUCAAGACCAGGGGUAAGUCUCAGACCAAGCAUCUCAACGUCCAGAUGGUGGCUGCAGACAAGCUGGCCCAGUGCCCAACGAUGAAGAGGAGGAAGACUGUGACAGUAGCAAACCUACGCAACCUACUGGGGAAUCCAACACAAGCUACUGGGGAAUCCUACACAACCUACUGGGGAAUCCUACACAAGCUACUGGGGAAUCCUACACAACCUACUGGGGAAUCCUAGACAACCUACUGGGGAAUCCUACACAACCUACUGGGGAAUCCUACACAAGCUACUGGGGAAUCCUACACAAUCUACUGGGGAAUCCUACACAAGCUAUUGGGGAAUCCUACACAAGCUACUGGGGAAUCCUACACAAGCUACUGGGUAAUCCUACACAAGCUACUGGGGAAUCCUACACAAUCUACUGGGGAAUCCUACACAAGCUACUGGGGAAUCCUACACAACCUACUUUGGAAUCCUACACAAACUACUGUAGAAUCCUACACAAGCUACUGUGGAAUCCUACACAAGAUACUGUGGAAUCCUACACAAGCUACUGGGGAAUCCUACACAACCUACUUUGGAAUCAUACACAAGCUACUGGGGAAUCCUACACAAGCUACUGGGGAAUCCAUGCCCACCUACUUUUUCUUUCUCUUCCAAACCAAUAGCCGUGCGCCUCUCUGGCCUGGUAGAAGUGUCACCGCCAUGUCGGCUUUCCACAGCCGACUGGCCGGUACUCUGCAGGGAUCCCUGCCAGAAGGGGUCUCCCCCUUCCCUGGAGAAGGGAGUUGAUGGGAUGCUGGUGCAAUCCUGGUCCUGUGUGGCUCAGUUGGUAGAGCAUGGUGCUUGCAAUAUCAGAGUUAUGGGUUUGAUUCCCACA